AUGAGUAAUAUCCACGUAAAAAGUUUAACAAACAACAUUCAACUCAAAAGCAAGACACAGCUCGUCAGGACAACAACAUCCAAAACGCGUAACCCAAGAAAUAUAGACGAAUUGAAGGACAAUUUCUUUGACGAAUGGGGAAUCGGGACUAAACGUAAUUUCCGUAUUUCAUAUUAUCGAGAGACGGAGAACCCUAUGGUCAGAUAUUCAUUGGAUAGCCAACAAACUAAUAUUUUAUUCGUCGUAAAUUUUCUGCCGUAUCUGGGAAUCCACCACAUAGUAUUUCUUGGUGUAUCUUGUGGACGAGACGAGGGACUCCCACUCGAUAAACGCUAUCGGAAACUAUGUGGCGCUUGUUCACCUUAUUUGAGGGGAAUCGGAGCAACUGUAAAGUUGGAUCUUGCUUUUAAUAGUCGGAAAGCUGGGAACGGAAUAUUGAUGUUAUGGUUAAUGACAGAUUAUUAUAAAAGUUAG